AUGGGUUUGGGCAAGAAGGCGAUGAUGAUGAAGGUGGGUGUGGUUCUGUUUCUGAUGGCCUUCACUACUGCACCUGUGGAGGCUCGCUUCGAUGCCAACACCUUCCUGGCUGAGAUGUUUAAGGACAACGGCGAACCCAAUUACUUGAUCAAGUCCACCACCACGGCCUGCUGCAACAACUGUCGCUGCACAAAGUCGAACCCACCUCAGUGCCAAUGCAACGACAUCGGAGAAACCUGCCACUCUGCCUGCAAGUCCUGCGUCUGCGCUCUCAGUUAUCCUCCACAGUGUCGCUGCCUUGACAUCACCACCUUCUGCUAUCCUCCUUGCUCAUCCUCUUCUGCUUAG